CGCCGCCGUCACUUCGCAAUCUGACGCUCACUGCCAGUGUUCUGCUCGGCGCGCUCGGUGCGGUCGAUGAAAUCGCGUUGCGGUCCGAUACGCCGCGGUGAGAUUCGCACACGUGAAGAGUGCGCCAAUGCGUCGGUAAGCGCAAAGCCCGGACGCCCGACCAAGAGACGUCGAUGACUCUCCGUUUCCUCGACCGUCCGCAGAACCGUCGAUCGCCGCUCCACGAGGAAGCAGGUGCUGCACAAAAGGUCUACGCCGUUUGAAUGAUGAAACUACUUGCAGGCGUAGAGGAGGUUAGCGACCACUGUGAAAAAGAGACUAAUAAUGGCCAACUGCACAACAAUAAUAGUCAUGAAAAGCAAUCUGCGGCAGAAUUGGCGCAAGAAGCGAACAAGCCGCUCGUCAACAAGAUAUGCGGCGAUUCGACAGCCAAGAAGGAAAUUACACCAGAGGAAGAAGAAAAGCUGAGACGUUUGCUACGGUUCGAGGAGGCACCUGAAUUCCUUCAGCACAAUCCCUACAUACGGCGUGGCUAUCGAGGCUCCCUGACCACCAAACUAUGUCUCGAGAGCAUAUUUUGGUGGACGAACGAGACCGUGAACAUAUGGAGUCACAUCUUUGGCUGGAUGCUCUUCUUUGGUCUGACCUUAUAUGAUCUCUGUCUACUGAACAUUCACGCGCCGUUUGGCGACAAACUGAUUGUGUCCUUGCUGCUUCUCUGUUUUCAGAUAUGCAUGAUCCUGUCGUCCGUGUAUCACACCUUCUCGUGCCGAAGCGAGAGAGAUUACUGGUGCUUCCUAUCCUUCGACUUAUUCGGUAUUGCCCUGAGCAUGCUGUCGAUAUAUAUGUCGGGGGUUUACUAUGCCUUUUGGUGUCACAAGGAGCUGCAGCGAUUUUACCUCAUAACCGUGCUCGCGAUCUUCAUUUUCGCGAUGAUACUGCAAAUACCGAGACUGAACAUCAAUAGCAACGUUAAGCUGGCCGUAUUCGUGAGCUGGGCGAUAUAUGGCGUGCUGCCAACGCUGCAUUGGACCUUUGCGAUGGGUGGCUUUGAUAACCCGAUCGUUAAAAUGCUCAUUCCGAGGGUGAUAGGAAUGUACAUUAUUAACGCGAUAGCAUUCGCGUUCUAUAUGCUCAAGAUACCCGAACGUUUUUAUCCAGGCUGGGUGGACUACGUCGGCUCGUCACAUCAAUGGUGGCACGCGUUGGUCGUGCUAGCCCUCUAUUAUUGGCACAACACUGGAAUGCUUUACGUGGAAUACAGAAUGAAUCACGGAUGUCCGAGCAGUGCGGCAUUAUGACAUACGGAUUCCGGCGACCAGCCAGAAUCCGUUCUCGCCAUGGAUUGCUCUUGCAUGAUGAAGACGGGUGCUUGGUCGUCGUGGACCGCGGAACCGCCGUUUUAUAGUGUUUUGAAGAAUACGUCUUGCGAGAUACAAAAUCCACUGCGUGUUUACGCGCAUCGAUAGUCGCGACACGUACACCUUUAGGAAAUACAUGCGACGUUCUGGAUGGAAAGAGACUCGCCGUGGAUGUAUAUAAGCCACGACAUUCCGCAGCUCUAUUUAUAUUUAUUUGAUAUCACUAUUUAUAUCUGUUUCGUGACAGCUAGUUUUAUCCUAAAUGUUUUUUAUUUUCUGAUCUUUAAUUCUAGCAGGACUAAAUACAAAACUAAUUAAUAUUAAA